AUGGCGAACGACAUAAAGAAAUACCCGCCUCCCGACCCCAUCCUCCUCACACUCUUCGCGAAUCGCUUCAUGAGCGUCGCGGAGGCGAUGGGUCGCUCGCUCCAGCAGACUGCAAUCAGUACCAACAUCAAGGAGCGGCUCGACUUCUCGUGUGCGCUCUUUGCGCCGGAUGGUGACCUCGUCGCGAAUGCGCCGUUCAUCCCCAUCCACCUUGGGUCGAUGAGCUUCGCGGUGCGGUAUCAAAUGCAACUGCACGCUGCGACACUCAAGCCAGGCGACGUGCUCAUGACGAACUCCCCGCAUGCCGGUGGUUCGCACCUCCCCGACAUCACGAUCAUCUCACCUGUCUUCGACUCGACCGCGUCCAAGAUCAUCUUCUUCACUGCGUCGCGUGGACACCACGCCGAUAUCGGCGGAAUCCUCCCCGGGUCGAUGCCCCCGACGUCGAAGACGAUCUUUGAGGAGGGCGCGCACAUCAAGAGCUUCAAGCUUGUACGGGAGGGUGUCUUCGACAGCGAGAACCUGUACAAGUACAUGGUUGAUGAGCCAGCGCAGUACCCUGGGAGCUCUGGAUGCAGGAACAUCAGGGAUGUCGAGAGCGACUUGAAAGCACAAGUUGCGGCGAACCACAAAGGCAUCCAGCUCAUCCACCAGAUUGUGGACGACUACGGCCUGGAGACUGUGCAAGAGUAUAUGCACCACAUCCGUGCCAACGCCGAGAUGUCGGUCCGCAACCUCCUGCGCGACGUUGUGAAGCGUGCUGGCUCAAACAUUCUCGAGGCCAUCGACUAUCUGGAUGAUGGAUCGCCGAUCCAGCUCAAGGUCGAGAUUGACGAGAAGGAAGGGUCUGCAGUACUCGACUUCGCUGGCACAGGAUGCGAAAUUCGAGGCAACCUCAACGCGCCCAUCUCCGUCGUGCAUUCUGCCGUCAUCUAUUCCAUGCGCGCGAUGCUUGACAUGGACAUUCCUCUCAACGCUGGUUGCCUUGUCCCGAUCACUGUGCUGAUUCCGGACGGCUCUCUGCUCUGCCCAUCUGCAACUGCUGCUGUUUGUGGAGGAAACGUUCUAACUUCGCAAAGGAUCGUGGAUGUUGUUCUCAAGGCAUUCCACGCCUGUGCGGCCAGCCAAGGGUGCACGAACAACCUCACCUUCGGUGCUGGUGGCAAGGACCAGGAUGGCAAGAACAUCGUGGGUUGGGGCUACUACGAGACCAUCGCCGGCGGCUCCGGCGCAGGCCCCGGCUGGCACGGCACCGACGGCGUGCACACGCACAUCACCAACACGCGCAUCGGCGACGUCGAGAUCCUCGAGCGCCGUUACCCAGUGCUCGUCCACCGCUUCGGCCUGCGCUCCGGCUCGGGCGGCCGCGGGCGCUGGCGCGGCGGCGAUGGUGUCGUCCGCGAGCUCGAGUUCUCCGAGCCGCUCCAGGUCUCGAUCCUCUCCGAGCGCCGCACGCGCCAGCCGUACGGGCUCGAAGGUGGUGAGCCCGGCGCGCUCGGGCGGAACACGUGGGUGAAACGGCCUCGGAAGGAGGACGGGGACCUCGCGGAGGGCGUCGAGGAGGCGGAGGCGGAGUCGAGGAAGAUCAACAUUGGAGGGAAGGCGACGGUGUGGAUGGGUAAGGGCGAUAGGUUGCUCAUCGAGACGCCGGGCGCGGGGGCGUGGGGUGCGCCGCAGGAGGGGACGGAUGAUGGGUGUGGACUCGAACAUGUGAAGGCGUGGGCUCCGAGAGGGAGUCUGGCGGAGCGUGAGUCAGCGCAGGCAGCGUUCUGA